AUGACCGAGCACGAACCGCUAGACGGAGAAUCAAGCGGCCAGCCAAAUGGUCGCAUAUUGAGCAGCAUGGAACGUGCCAAUGGACACGCCUCGUUGGCCAACAAUGGCCAAUUGCACACCGCGGCCGCCAAUGGGAAGUCAAUGAAUGGCAAUGGGACGGCAAAUGGAACACAACAAGAAACACACAUCGAGGCACCAUGCUGUCGAGAUAUACACGGCAAGGAGCCGCCCGAUGGCGGAGCACGUGCCUGGCUGGUUAUGAUCAGUGCAUUCCUAUGUAACGGCGUCAUCUUUGGUCUAAUCAACACAUACGGUGUGUUGCACAAACUGCUCACCGAACGCCUAACCGCCCAGGGUGACACGGAGGCCAACAGCAAGGCGGCUCUUGUUGGCUCCUUGGCCAUUGGCACCACCUUCUUCCUGUCUCCCGUUGCCGGCUGUCUGACGGAUAAGAUUGGUCUACGCUUGACCACUUUUACGGGUGGCAUGCUUGCAGCAGGUGGCCUGUUGCUGUCAUCCUUCUGUGCGGAUAAUAUUAACGCCUUGUACUUCACUUAUGGCAUCAUGUUUGGCCUGGGCGGUGCCUUGGCCUACACGCCCACGUUGGCCAUAUUGGGACAUUACUUCAAGCGGUAUCUGGGCAAAGUGAGCGGCUUUGUUACAGCCGGCUCCAGUGUGUUUACAGUCAUCUUGCCACCUGGUCUGGACUUGCUGCUGCAGAACUAUGGCCUCGAGACGACAUUGAGAAUCAUGAGUCUGAUGGCGGCAUUUAUUAUCGUGUGUUCGUUUGUCUACAAGCCACUGCAUUUUCCUCAGGAUUCGCCGAAGAAGAAGAAUGGUCGCUCUCGCUUCAAUGUUUUCUUGCGUUCAAUUGUAAAUGUCGAUAUCUGGAAGCGAAAGCGUUAUGUCAUCUGGGCAUUGUGUGUGCCAUUGGCACUCUUCGGUUACUUUGUGCCCUAUGUGCACAUGAUGAAAUUCGUGGAGACCUCGUUUCCCGGCAAAGAUCUCAAUUUGCCCGUGAUGUGCAUUGGCGUUACCUCCGGCAUUGGACGUUUGAUAUUUGGUGUGAUUGCCGACAUGCCGGGCGUGAAUCGCAUGUAUCUGCAGCAGCUGUCGCUGGUCUGCAUUGGCCUGGUUACGUUGCUGUUGCCGCUGACCAGCUCUUAUACGGUGCUCGUCACAUUCGCCUUGAUCAUGGGUCUCUUUGAUGGCUGCUUCAUUUCACUGCUGGGCCCCAUUGCCUAUGAGAUUUGCGGUCCAUCGGGUGCAACACAAGCCAUUGGCUUCCUGCUCGGCCUGUGCUCGCUGCCCCUCACCAUUGGUCCACCGGUUGCCGGCAUGAUCUUCGAGCGAACCGGAUCGUAUACGCUGCCCUUGAUAUUGGCCGGUAUUCCGCCGCUGAUUGGUUCCUCUCUGCUCUUUCUGAUCCGUUGUGUUCGCGAUGAUUCAAGUAGCUCCAAUUCAAAUGGCAUUGCGUCGGGUCAAAGUGGCGAUAUUGAGGACUCACCCAAUGGCACUUAUCGGUUGAAUGCUGUCAAAUCCAGCGAGCCACUGAUUGAGAAUGGUGUCAAUGGCUCGCUGUCCAAUGGACAUGCCAACACAAAUGGCUCAGCAACUGCUGUGAAGUCCAGCGCACCUUUGAUGGGCUCAAGUGCCAAUGGCAAUGGGAGUAUUGGCAAUGGAUUGAGGCCCAAUGGAUAUGCUGAUUCAACAACUGCCUAAUUAAUUCAUCAUCCGCUUCAAACAUUCACCCUCGUAUAAACAAACAUUUUAUACUUUUUUAAUGAAUUAUUUAUAAGAAAUUUAAAUUAAAGCAAGAUAUGCUUUGAAACGCUUUUGUAAAUAAACUGAAUGAAAAAUAA